UUUAACAUAUAUUUCAUUUAUCUUUCAAAACUUAAUCGAGAAAAGAGAUUUUAUCUUUUAAGAUCUGUCAAAUCGAAUGUUUUUUCUCUUCAUCAAAACCCUUGUUUAGCAAUUAAUUUUUUAAACUUAGGUAUUGAUAAAAAUGGAACUAUUCCAAAGGGCGGAGAGCGUCCGGCUUAGAAAUCGAAAAGACAAGUACCUAAUAGCAAUGGAUGACAAAGAUAGUGUAACACAAAGACGUAAAGGAACAAAUAAAGAUUCAAUUUGGAAUGUUGAAUUUGUUGAGGGAAGAGAAGAUGCAUUUCGUCUCAAGAGUUGUUAUGGGAAAUAUCUAACCGCUACCAACACACCAUUCAUUCCAGGAGUUGUUGGAAAGAAAGUAAUUCAAGCAGAUCUUCCAGAAAAGAAUUACCCAUCCGCGGAAUGGGAAGCUAUAAGGGAUGGAUUUCAGGUACGUCUCAAAUCAUUUUGGGGAACAUACCUUCAACCAAAUGGAGGAUUACCACCAUGGAGAAAUUCAAUUACACAUGAGGCUCCUAAUACUAAUAGAAAAUACGAAAAAGUCCUAUGGGAUAUCGAGGUUGUGGAUAAACGUCCUAAUUUACAUCGUCGAACAAGGUCAGAUUCAACCUUUCAGAGAUUAGAUUUAACUUUUAUCAGAUCAAAUUCACAUUCUAUGGCAUCCACUCUUGUUUCCCCAAAGACAAAGGCCCAACUUGGAGAACCUCAAGAAAUUAGUUAAACCAAAUAUAUAUGUAUGUUUAUAUGUUAUCUUCAUAAACUAAUUGUGCUUAUUGAGAAAUUCUUCAUAGUAUAGCAAUUUGUAGAUUGAGAUUCACAUAAUUCAUUACAUAAGAAUACUAGAUUAUUCAAUAGCCAAAUAUUCGAGGUAUAUGAAAAUUGUGUGUUAUUAUAUAAUGUUGGCUGGUUUAA